AUGUACGGUAUCAUGAUUUCAGCAUCACUAAGGCUUGGAAAGCAUGACUUGGCACAUGGAUACUUGCGCGAAAUGCAGUCGUCAGGUAUCCGGCCAAACCUGGUGAUCUACUCGAUGCUGACAACCACAUACGCCGCAUAUGCAUCCUCGAGCACCCAAAUUCAAGGCCGAGCUGAAGGCGAAGAGGAUGAGGAAGAGAGGCAGGAGGAUGGGGUGCGUGUGGCCUACGAAAUGGCGGACCGGUUCAAACGCAAGCUUUUGGGUAAUGAGGUGGAUGGCGAAUCUGCCCGACCGGCCAAAGCACUUGAGAUGUUUCGCGAGUUGGUGUCUUCUCUUGGCGCCGAGUCCGGUAUUGUCUCUAGUGACGGUAAACCGAUCGAUUUGGAUAUCUUCACCAUGUUGAUGGAUGGCUACCGUCGAGCACAAGAUCCGGUGGGUGUGAUGGAAGUCUGGAGGGAGAUCUUCCGAUUGGCCACUGAGAAUAAUCAAUCGCAAGAUGCGAGCGAGCAAUUGAUUGGCAAAGUUAUCAGUCUGACCAAGAAUGAUGGACUUCCAGCUGGCGGUACCGGCAACAAUAAUACCUUGGAGCCACCCAGGAGAUCGACUGCUGAACAGCGCCACAGACGAAAAGCUAACAAACUUGGUUCCAACAUGCCAGCGCCCCGCCGACUGAGCUAA